AUGAUUCCCAAGGAGCAGAAGGGGCCAAUGAUGGCUGACACGGGGGAUCUUGCAGGACCAGUCCCUUCACUGGACCUGGGCAAGAAGCUGAGCGUGCCCCAGGACCUGAUGAUGGAAGAGCUGUCACUGCGCAACAACCGAGGCUCCCUCCUCUUCCAGAAGAGGCAGCGCCGUGUGCAGAGGUUCACCUUCGAGUCUGCAGCCAGCCACCGGGUGAUCGUGGCCGGAAGCGCCAAGGGGAGGGUGACUGGAACGGCGGAGCCGAGGGCGAUGAACGUUGUCAACGGCCCCGAGGCGCAGAACUACUGCUCGGAGGUCCACAUCUCCCCGGCCCCGCCCGGAGGCCCGGAGUUCAUUCGCCCCGCAGCCGCCCCGGAGGUGCGCGCCCGCAGCCCUAGCGCCCUGGCGCCAGGCUACGCGGAGCCCCUGAAAAGCGUCCCGCCGGAGAAGUUCAACCACACAGCCAUCCCCAAGGGCUACCGCUGCCCUUGGCAGGAGUUCGUCAGCUACCGAGACUACCAGAACCACGGCCAAAGUCAGACCACCAGCCUCGCCCAGUACCGCAGUUUCAACAAGACACCGGUGCCCUUUGGAGGGACCCUCUUUGGGGAGCCCAUUCCCAGAGUAGGCACCCCUUUCAUCCCGGAGCCCAUCAGUGGCUUGGAACUCCUCCGCCGCAGACCCAACUUCAACAGAGUGGCCCAGGGCUGGGUCCGCAACCUCCCGGAGUCCGAGGAGCUGUAGCCCUGGCCGGAAUCUUCAAUUCCCCAAUCUUGGGAUUCGGAUAACAGCUGGAGCCAAGACUUGUGGACAGUACUUCACAGUUUACAAAGGGCCUUCACACACAAAGUCUCAUUGCAAAUUGCCUCAAAGGUCAUGAAGUUCGGUGGUUCCCAAAUGUGGCUGUGCUUCCGAAUCACCUGGGGAUGUUGUUUCAAACACAGAUUUCUGGCCUGCCCUAGAUUUGCAACAUCAGAAUCUCCCGGGUUGGAGAGUCUGUAUUAGUAGCCCAUAUUCCCAGGUGAUUCCAGGGUAACUUGUCCAUGGUUUGUGCCUUUAGGAAUCCAAACCACUGAUGGACUCUACCCCAUACCUCCUCUCCUGGCCACCCCAGUACUCUGGCUUAUAGUCCUGUAAUAACGAUGCUGGCUGGCAGCCUGUCUACCUUUACAUAACUCUGAUAAUUAGAAAGUUUUUUCUUUUACUGAGAUGC